ACGCCGCUCUGCCUUCCUCCAGCAGGAGCAACAGAAGUUCAACCUGGACCGCUUCACGGAGAAACUAUCUGCUCUAAAUUCAAACUGACAAUGCUUAUUCCCUUCCGCCGACAUAUCUGAUAGCCAACUAAUUGUCACUGAAGGAAACAUUUCCGAGAAAUGACAAUGUUGGGCAUGUACGUGCCAGACAGGUUUUCUCUGAAAUCGUCAAAGGUCCAGGAUGGAAUCGGUCUUUACACGGCGAGGCGAGUGAAAAAGGGAGAGAAAUUUGGCCCCUUUGCAGGUGAGAAAAAGCUGCCUAGUGAGCUGGAUGAAAGCUCGGACACCAGGCUUAUGUGGGAGGUCCGUGGCAGUAAAGGAGAUGUGCUGUAUAUUCUGGAUGCUAGUAACCCACGGUAUGCCAACUGGCUGCGGUUUGUCCAUCAGGCGCCUUCACAAGAGCAGAAGAACUUGGCAGCCAUACAGGAUGGAGAGAACAUCUUUUACCUGGCUGUUGAUGACAUAGAGACAGACACAGAGCUCCUGAUAGGCUACCUGGACAGUGACAUGGAGGAGGAGGAGGAGGAGGAAGAAGAGGAGGUCAUCAAGGAUGAAGAUGAAAACAGUAAAGAUGCCAAACAUAUUGUUGAAAUGGAACUAGUAAUAAAGAAGGAGGACCACCCCUGCUUGCUGUGUGAAAGCAGCUUUCCCAGUGAGGAGAUCCUGGCCGCCCACCUCCAGAGUCUCCAUCUGAAGGACUUCAAAUGCAGAAACUGUGGCAAGAAGUUCCCCGUCAAACAGGCUCUGCAGCGCCAUGUUUUGCAUUGUUCUGAGUCACUGGAUCCAUCAGGUGACUCUAAAGCGCACCAGUGCUCCCUUUGCCACAGCACAUUCAGCUCUGAAUCCAGCUUUGAACAGCAUAAGGAAGCUUGUAAAGGAGACGCCAGGUUCAUCUGUAAAGCAGAGAGCUGUGGCAAAAGAUUCAAGAGCAAGGACGCUCUGAAGAAGCAUAAAGGAAAUGUUCACACAGGAAGUGCACGUCGGAAACUCACAUGCACCAUAUGCAACAGAAAAUGCUCAUCUUCUUUGAACCUACAGGAACACAGAAAGGUACAUGAAAUAUUCGACUGCCACGCAUGUGACAAGAAGUUCAUCUCUACAAAUCAGCUGAAACGCCAUAUGAUCACACACUCGGAGAAGCGACCGUAUACCUGUGAGAUCUGCAGUCGCUCAUUCAAGCGUCUGGACCAGGUGACGGCUCAUAAGAUCAUCCACAGCGAGGACAAACCGUACAAGUGUAAGCUCUGUGGGAAAGAGUUUGCUCACCGCAACGUCUACAAGAAUCACAAGAAGACCCACUCUGAGGAAAGACCCUUCCAGUGUGAGGAGUGCAAAGCUCUGUUCCGCACCCCCUUCUCUCUACAGCGUCACUUACUUAUCCACAACAGUGCGAGGACAUUCAAGUGCGACCAGUGCGACGCAACCUUCAAGAGGAAGGACACGCUUAACGUCCACAUCCAGGUGGUGCACGACGGCCACAAGAAGUAUAAGUGCGACCUGUGCGAGAAGGCCUUUGUCACUCCUUCAGUCCUUAAGAGCCACAAGAAGACACACACGGGGGAGAAGGAGAAGAUCUGCCCGUACUGCGGACAAAAGUUUGCCAGCAACGGCACGCUAAGGGUCCACAUCCGCAGUCAUACAGGUGAGCGUCCAUACCAGUGCCCCUACUGUGACAAAGCGUUCAGCAAGAAUGAUGGCCUGAAGAUGCACAUCCGCACACACACUCGUGAGAAGCCGUAUAAAUGCAGCGAGUGCAACAAGGCCUUCAGCCAGAAAAGAGGACUGGACGAGCACAUGAGGACCCACACGGGAGAGAAGCCUUUCCAAUGUGACGUGUGUGACCUGUCAUUCAGCUUGAAGAAGAUGCUCAGCAGGCAUAAACUCACACACAACCCUAACCGGCCCAUGGCAGAGUGCCAGCUGUGCCAUAAGAAGUUCACCAGGAACGACUACCUCAAAGUACAUAUGGAGAAUGUCCAUGGGGAAACAGAGAGCUAGAGCCAAUUAUGGAACCACUGGCUGAAAAUAAUAUCUGAUUCCUCAGAUAAAGUUCAGUCUCAUGCAUCAUUCAAGCUGCAUGGCCUAUACAUACUGUAUACACAGAUGGAUCGAUAUGUUAUUAAAGAUACAUACAUGUAGAAUAUGGAAAAGAUUUGGGCGAGUAUUUCAAAAUUGAAACACAAGCUGUAUAUUUGUAUUUUUUUUUCUCAUACUGUUUAGAUAUUGUUGUGGAUAUCUGAUCAAACAAAAUCCCAAAUAUGUUCGAGAUGCCUCCAGUGACACUUUGUCUGACAUUUCACUUCUAGUCUCUCUGACAUCUAAACAGUGUUACUGUUCAUACUGUUCCAGCCUGACCUCUUCCACUGUAGCAUUGACCAACUGUCUGAACACCUUACUGUACACCUUUGGCCAGUUGCCAUGUGUCAAAGAACACCUGUGACCAAAGACCUUUGAGUGCACUUUUGUAGUUUUACCUGCACAAUUUCUACAUGUUUAUACCUUUCCGUCACAAUUUACACCUGCUCUUCGCCGUCCAAACAUGUUUAAUAUUUAGUCUCUGUUCAGCCCCAAGAGCAUACUUGAAAACAUGUUGCUCUGUUUAUUAUUUCAAAAUAAUAAGUAUUAAAACAGGAUGUUUGAACAGGAGGUGGAGAAGUAGAGCUCUGAAAACAGUAAUCCAAUCAGCUAAAAAAUCUGAAACAGUUCACAAAUAGAGGCUUUUUAUUUACAUGAGAGUAUAAACAUCACAGCCUUUUAUUCUCCUUUGUCAGAUCUACUAGGGCCCACAUUUUUAAAGAGUUAUGAAUGGCCCCAAGAAAAGUUGCAUGGUUUUGUUGCUAAAUGGGGUCAUACAAGACAGGAAUAAUUAGAAAUUACAUUUAGUUUUCUCUAAAAUUUAAGAAUUUGCGCGUAAAACCAGAUAUCUGUUUUUAGGUAUAAACCAGUAAAGUGCUGGACCUACAUUAUUGACUUAAGAUAGAGGAGUUGACCCAUUCCAUCCUUUCCCAUGGCCCUUUGGUGCUUAAAGUGUUACUGUUUCCAUGUCCCAAACUGUAUUAGGGACAAACCAUCCAAAGUACUGUGUGUGUUGACUUUUGUAAUGAAUUGAGUGUGUUUUCAUAUAUAUGGCCUAGGGUUAUUGUGCCUUCCAGUAUGUGUUUACGUUGUUCUUUCUUAAUCAUUGUUCAACACAGUGUUUCAUGUAUUUCAAUAGAAGUGCAAUUCUGUCCUGUUUUAUAUCCAGACUCAUUUGCUUCCUCAUUCGCUGCCCCUUUGAUUAAUGCACAUGUUCCUGCUGUUUAUUCUGCAUCUGUAGACUGUGAAUUGUCACUUCACACUUUUGUAUUUUGAAAUGUAUAAAACCUCAUCACCUACCAAACA